AAUAAACUUUUUGAAAAAAUGACUUUAAUGCAGUUCAGGUGCAGCCCGUUCAUCCAGGCCCUUUACAGGAAGGCCUGGCAACAGUGGCUGUUUUAACUCCUGCUUCCUCUUGCAUACUUCCGAUUCCACGUGGUUCUUGUUCUCCUUGACCGAGCCCUUUCAUCUAGCUGGGGCAGGAGUGUUAGCAUGCGUCAGGGCGGGAGUGUUAGCAUGUGUCAGUUCGGGCCAGCAUUGUGAGCCCAAGGGCUGCCAAGGUUUGGGACUUUCCUUGGUUCUAUGGCAUCUCCUUACCAGACUGAUGGGGUAAAGUUUCCGUCCUCCCCACCUGCCCCCCACCUACACACGCACACCCACACUCACACAUCCUGCUUCCACCUGCUCUUUGCCCAGAUUAAGAUUAGCCCAUCCUCCCUCAUUCCUCCACACACUCUGCCUCUGAUCCUCCCAGUGUCUCUGGCCCGUCCAGCCUCCCCACCCUAUACAAAUACACCUGAGGUUAGACGGAGCCUCAGACUUACUCCCGCUCCUGGCUCUAUGCUCUCAGGUGUUCCUUUUGUCACUCCCUGUGCUUGCUGUGUAAGGAUGGAGUCAGGUCCGAAGGGGCACUGCCAUGGUGGUGGCCAUGGCCCUGGGCCCUGUUGUGGGGAAAGGCACCCCCCUGGCCAUGGUCCUGGGCACUGUCCUGGGGGAAGCCACUGCCCAGGGCCCUGUGGGCACCCCCCUGGCCAUGGCCCAGGGCACUGUCCUGGGGGAAGCCACCCCCCAGGGCCCUGUGGGCACCCCCCUGGCCAUGACCCAGGGCACAUUCCUGGGGGAAGCCACCCCCCAGGGCCCUGUGGGCCCCAACCUGGUCCACCUCACUAAGGAAGCAGAAGAAAGAGGAUACAAGAAUGGGGAGUGUGAGUGGGUUGCCCUGCUGACCUGGCAUGGAGCCUGAACCAGAAUCUCCUCUUUCUAAUAAACAGCCUCCCAGAAGCCAUGUUUUACUCUUAAA